AUGACUGGCAUGAAUUAUGAAACGUGCUUGAAAGAAAAGGGGAUGGUGCCUGUUACAAUUGCCAUCGGUGAUAAAAAUGUUGGAAAAUCACAUGCAGCAAAAUGCAUGUUGGCUCUAACGGGAAGAAGCAAUGUAUUUUAUCGUCGAAUAACUGAUGCAAUGCAGACAAAGGUUCUCGAUGAGUGUACAUUGCCUUUUGUUUUGGAUGACGCUGGAAGAACAUUUGAGGAGAAAAAGAAACUGAAGCACUUACUUCUUGACACCUUUAACGGUGGUGGCAUUGCAAAUUGUUUGAAACUUUGCAAUAGUGCUACAACACCAGUUAUAACGAUGAAUGACUGGGUGUUGGCAGAUUUAAAUGCUGAUGAUGCGUAAGUAUGAAUGUGUGAUGAUGUACGUUUCAGGGGUGGAAAAAUUUUUUUUCUUUCUGGGAACCUGGGUCGAAGGCUAAAAAUUUUCUGUAAAAUUUUUAACGUUACGAUUACAAAAAUAACAAAACAAAUGCUAACUAUUGCUACUGCUUUUAAUAAGUAUUUCGUUGGUACUGUGACCCAUAUUUUUGAGUCGGCAGAGCACUCUAUCACAGACCUGGGCGGUAUGAUUGUUGCAAGAACAUUUGAUCCACCUCAAGUACAGCAUAGUACAUUUCAAUUUAAAGAGAUCCCGGUGAGUUUUACUUUAAAACAACUUCGUGGACUCAAGACUGGAAAGGCAGUUGGUCUGGAUAAUAUUCCACCACGUUUACUGAAAGACUCUGCAUGUAUAGUUGCUACACCACUUACCACUAUUAUUAACGCUUCCUUACGGCAAGGUAUAGUUCCAGACGAUUGGAAGUCCGCAUGA